CAUGAUAUAAACAACUCCGCCGGCAUCGGCUGUAAACUGAGAGAGAUGGAGGCGAGCAAAGAAAUUGAAAAAAUGGCCUUCGCCGUAUCGCUACUCCUCGCCUCUCUUUUUCUCCUUCCCGUCGCCGCAGAAGCGGCGUAUGGAGAAUCGGAAAGUCAAAUCUCCCCCGGCUCCAUCGCUGGAACUCCGGCUGCGAUGGUGCUUCCCCUUUUCUUCUCUCCUCUCAACACCACGCGGCGCUCGUUUCCUAUUCAUUCCCACCGCCGUGAACUGCAGGGGAAGUCUUCUCCUCUGGCCAACGCGCGCAUGAGGCUCUACGAUGAUCUUCUCACCAACGGGUAUUAUACGACCAGGUUAAUGAUCGGCACUCCUCCUCAAGAAUUUGCCCUAAUUGUGGAUACCGGGAGCACCGUCACUUAUGUUCCUUGCUCUUCCUGUGAGCAGUGCGGCAACCAUCAGGAUCCAAGGUUUCAACCCGAUAUGUCAAGCACAUACGAGCCAGUAAGAUGCAAUACGGCUUGCACCUGUGAUGUUGGUGACAAACAGUGCACUUAUGAGAGGCAGUACGCUGAGAUGAGCUCAAGCAGUGGACUUCUUGGUGAGGAUUUGGUAUCGUUUGGAAUCGAAAGUGAUCUUGAACCGCAAAGAGCUGUGUUUGGCUGUGAAACCUCGGAAACCGGUGAUCUUUUCAACCAACAUGCUGAUGGAAUAAUGGGCUUAGGUCGUGGCCAGCUUAGCAUCAUGGACCAGCUUGUUCAAAAGGGUGUGAUAAGUGAUUCCUUCUCUCUGUGCUAUGGUGGCAUGGACAUUGGUGGGGGUGCAAUCGUCCUUGGUGGGAUUCCACUUCCGCCUGAUGUGGUGUUUGCGCGCUCUGAUCCUAUUCGGAGUCCAUAUUACAAUAUUGAGCUGAAAGGGAUGCUCAUUUCGGGUAAGAAACUGGAUUUAAGUCCAAAUGUCUUUGAUGGCAAGCAUGGAACUGUCUUGGAUAGCGGAACAACAUUUGCCUACCUUCCUAAAGAAGCUUUUAUCGCAUUUAGAGAUUCUAUUAAGGAUAAAAUACUUCUCAAACAAAUUCCAGGUCCAGAUCCAAAUUACAGAGAUAUUUGUUUCUUUGGUGCUGGAAGUGAUGUUUCCCAACUCUCAAAAUUCUUUCCUGAAGUUGACAUGCUCUUUGGUGAUGGUCAAAAAUUAAAACUCUAUCCUGAGAAUUACUUGUUCCGGCAUUCUAAGGUUCACGGUGCUUAUUGCUUGGGAGUUUUUCAAAACGGGAAUGAUCUUACCACUCUUUUGGGAGGAAUAAUUGCACGCAAUACUCUUGUGAUUUAUGACCGUCGAAAUGAAAGAAUUGGUUUUUGGAAAACAAAUUGUUCCGAGUUAUGGAAGAGACUUCAGUUCAAUGGUGCCCCUUCACCAGCACCUUUGGCUUUUGAAAACAGCCAUACUUUUGAAAUUUCCUCACCAACAUUGUCUCCUAGUCAACCCCAGAAUUAUAGCUUGCCAGGCCAAUAUCAGGUUGGAGUUAUAAACUUUGAUAUCUCUUUGAGUGUUGAAUAUUCGGAUCUCGAACCUCAUAUAAAAGACUUUAAAGAGCUGAUUGCGCAUGAACUGGAGGUCGAUGUUUCUCAAGUUCAUUUGAUGAGCUUUAUGAGCAAAGGAAAUGGUACAUUGAUAAGAUGCGCCAUUUUUCCAUCAAAAUCUGGCUUUAUUUCAAUAAAAGCAGCAAUGGGUAUAAUCGCACGUUUAACUGAACACCGCCUUCAAUUUCCUUCAAAUUUUGGAAAUUAUAGUUUGGUUGAAUAUGACAUUGAACCUCCAAGAAGGUCAUGGGGGCAAGUGCAUCUACUUGGACUUGUAGUAGGUGUAGCUAUUGUUAUGGUGAUCUCAUUUUCAAUUCUGGUGGUAUGGUACUUCUGGAGACGAAAACCAGUGGGGCCUGGAUCCUACAGGCAUGUGGAAGCUGCUUUUCCGGAGCAAGAGUUACAACCAUUAUAAAUGAAAAAACUUUGGAUCAUGAUAUCAUGAUUAAUUUUAAUUAGAUGAAUCUCAAAACUGUAGAUUUACUUUGAGAUAAGUGCAAUAUAAAUCAAUCAUUCAAAAUUUAUAUUGGAUUCUUCUCAAAACAGAUUUAAUGAUUUUGAGAUCCAUUAUUACAAAAAAAAAAAAAAUGAUAAGAAUAUUCCAACCUAAUUUUUACCCAUAAAAAUGGCCCUGGAAACAAAUUUUCGCUACAGUUCCUCAAAUGGCGAGGAGUUCGAAGUUUAGAGAAGCACCUGCCCUUCGUUGAUUCUGGAGUUGCGCUGCCAGUCUUGUGAAAUAUUGCCAGAGUUUCAUGGUAGAUUGGAAAUGUUAAAAAAUUAUAGUAAGUGUUACAUACAUUCCACUUAAUUCCUAUGUAUUUACAUGUC